UUAUAAAAAACGAACCUGGUUACUUAGGGAUAAGGCAGGGACCCAAGGUCGGAGGUCUGACCGAGGGCUUAAGAGAGGGCGCAAGCCCGACAGCCCGAUGGUCAGGCCGGAGACCGAUGGGGCACAGCCGGCCCUAAGUACCGGUUCGUUUUGUUAGGAACGAAUAACGGCUGGUUUGUAUUUGUAACCGCCGGUCUGUGUAGAACUCUGUACAGUACUACUACAGACCACGGUAUCAAAUACAAAACCUGCCGGUUCGUUCCAAUCGAAUCCUUGGGUGGUGCGAAAGAUCGCGGUUCUGGAUGUGUUCGGGAGGUGCACUCGGCACCCGGCAAGAACUUUUUGUGCCAGAUUCUUCCCAGAGAUCAAGGGGUUUAUGGGUUUAUUAGAGUGGGGCAGUUAUCUGCGGAUACAUCAUAGAUGGAGCUUUGACUUGCAAGCAGAGGGCAGAAUACCAUGAAGAAUUAUCAAGGCCUCCAUGUUCUUGCACUUGUCUUUGCUGGUUUGGGUACAGCCUCAGCUUCGGCACACUUGAGAGCCAAGACAGGAAACGCUACAGCAACAACAGAGAGGCAGUUGGACUUUUUCAAGGAGGUAGGAGACACUUCGCUUUCACUCGCGGGAGAUGUGACCAUCGGUAUCCUCGGCGAUGCGCCAGUUUUCAAAACAUGCGAUGCGCCCAAUAAGCAAAUGGGUGUUGUGCCGGAUGGCUUUCUGGAUCCACUAUCUCAAUGCUACCGGUCCAUUCAGGCGCCACUGCAGAUCUUCCGGGGCAUGGCGGAGAGCCUCUUUGGCGACCUGGCCACGAAUGAGGUUGUCAAGGGUGUUUUCGACGCCGUCUUCAAACCAUUCGAGGAAAUAUUGGAAAACGUGGAAAAGGCCCUUGGGUUUGAAGGCGUUAUCUGCGCUGGUGACUUUGAUGCAGUAGAAGUUGUCCAGCCUGAAGAUCGCGGCGAAAUGGUUGGUACUUGCCAGGGCAUGCCUCUUUCCAUGGAUAACAAUGCCGAGUGGUCCAUUUUUGCAGGAACCAUCACUCUUACACCUGAAAAGUCCACUGCAGUCUGCCAAAUGUACUCGGCUGUCACAUUUUCGUUCUGCAUGGCACUUUCAUUUUGUGAUAUUCUCCCAUCAGUUGCUUUCUUCAUGGAUGGGGGAGUGGCCAAUUGCAUCCUCAAUCAGAUUGGAAGGGCACUUGCUGCUACUGGUGGUGGCGCUGUCGCCACUGCAAUCAUAUCUGUUCUCACGACAAUCUUUGAAGUUGGAUUCAAGAAUGCUGGAUUUGGAUUCUCUCUUUCUAAUGCAUUCGAAAUACCAAUGCCCCUUUUUAAUGGAGAAGAGCUAUUCUGGCAUCGUGCUCGACCAACACAGUUCACCAAGCUUGCCUUCUCUAUCGAAUCAGCAUCCAUUCAUACUGCUCUCAAGGAUUAUUUCACUCUCACAGGUGAUGUCAUCCAGGGCAUCAACGUACUCAUGCCCAAUGGUGAGCCAAUCUCUGAGAAACUCUUUGAUCAAGGCCUUGAAGGGUUUGAUGCACGGGUGGCUGACAACAUUGCAAAACAGUUUGAGGAUUUUCAAGUGCAAACAGUUCUACAGGGAACUCUGCAGUUGAAACUGAACUUCCACAAUGUGCCUUUCAUUGGAACACUUUUCCCGGAAUUUGAGUUUGAGUUUGGCCGUGUAAACGCAUUUAUCUCAACAGGCAAACAGGACCUUAUACUUGACGAUGGAUCUGCUCGCUCAGUCUAUCCUGGGAUGUCAGCAUUCAUUGGGCAAUCUGGCAAUGAAAGGAUCCUGGCAGAUGCAAUCAGGACCAUCAUAAAGUCACUUGACGGUAUCAUUGACUCCUUGCUCCCCAGAAUGGAAAUUGUGGAAUUCUUUACAGGUGGGAAGAGUGUGGGGGACAUCGUUGCAGAAUUUCUCUUGGAGCAGAUGGAUCUUGAGGUUGAGUCACCAACCAAAUCAUAUGGCCUUGCUGUCACCAUGAAUGCAGAGUACAUUGGAUUCAUUAUUUCCGUCCCGAUUUUGUUGGGAAAGUCACUUGCAGAGCCUGUGGCUGACUUCACCUUUAGGUGUACAACUGACUAUGAAAAACUUGGUUGUGAGAUUGAAUUUGACAAUGUUUCUGCCCUUGUUACAGCCAUUGCCAAGGAAAUUGAAGGUGGGAUCAUCUGGAUUUGGAAGGAAGUUGAUGAGUUCUUCAAGUUUGAAGAAACUGCUGAGACAAUUGGGGAAGCUUUUGAGAGAGCAGGUGAACAGGCACAACAAGUUUUUUCAAAAGAGAAUAUUGAGCAGACUCUAAAAGACAUUGUCGAAGGCAAACUAGAUGUGGAUCAAGAGCUCCAAGAACUGGCAUCCAUUGGAUAUGCCGCCAUAUCAGCAUUUUGCAAUGAUGAAGCAGGGUGCAAGCCAGAUGGGACAUCUUGCUUUGGAGAUCCUCUUGGCCUGAAAAAGAAACAAGGUGCUUGCUGUGAUUGCUGCAAUGAUGACACAGAUUGGGUUGGUCUCACCACAUCCAGUGGAUUGCCUGGCAGGGCAUGUGGCACAGAGCCAAAGUGGAAGGAUGGCACAUUUUGUCUGGCAGGUCUGACAUGUCACAUGUGUGAGAAUGAGAGUUCUGACUGGUUGUCAGUGCCCUCCUUUGGGGAUUUACCUGGCCAUGCCUGUGGAAAAGAGCCUUGUUGGGCUGAUGGCCGUCCAUGUUUACGUGGCAUAUCCUGCGAGAGCAAAUGCUGCAGCGAUGACUUCAUGUUUGCAAAAUGUGGCAAAAAAGGAUGUUUGGGAGAUGGAACUGCCUGUCUUCUUGGGACAUCUUGCUUUGACUGCUGCAAUGGGGAAACCUGGUGGCAUUCUAAGUUUGGAACAGCCUGUGGAGUGGAGCCCAAGUGGUCUGAUGGAACCGGUUGUCUAAAGGGCAUCAACUGCCAGAUGUGCCAGAGUGGAACCAGCAGUGACUGGCUGGCUACACCCCCACUUGGAUUGCCAGGGCAUGCAUGUGGACAUGAGCCAUGCUGGGAAGAUGGUCAUAAUUGUGUCAAUGGCAUCAGCUGCCACAAGUGUUGCAGCAGCGACCACAUGGAAUUCAAAUGUGGGAAGCAAGGAUGCUGGGGAGAUGGUACACUUUGUCUCUUUGGUGGGUGCAAGAACUGCUGCAGUCACGAGAAUUCUUGGUGGGAUGAUAAGAUUGGCAAUGCUUGUGGCCGGCAGCCGUGCUGGGGAGGUGGUCGUGAAUGUGGAUUGGUCUGUCACAGGUGCUGCGGUGGCUCCCAUGAGAAGAAGCAAGGGUUUUGGGACUUUUUCCCAAAACGAUAUUGCAACUAGCUAGUAGAUGAGAUGGGACCCGCUCCAGCGCAUAGAGCCCGCUCUCUCUCUCUCUCUCUGCGCUUCUAGCUAGAUAGGCAGCAUCAGAUAACUACAUCUACAUAUUUAAAAAUCUAUUUGCUGCAGGUC